UCCGAUGUGUACGAUAAUUUUACGCCCUUGUGUCGAUCAGACGAACUAAAGUCUCAGGGAUCACUGCGUGCAUUCAACGUUGAGCAUUAUGCCGCAUAAAGCGCUUUAGUACUGUAAUUGGAAAACCACAUCUGUCUUUAGAUCUCGUGAGAGUAAAUUGAGGCCUUUUCGUUGUUAGUUCUCUCGAGAAGACCUAAUUUCAUAUUGUCUAUUGAAAUAAUAUUGUUGUGUUGCUUUUUAUUGUAAAACUUCACAAAUAAUUAAGAAAUCAAGAUGAUAAGUGUAGAAAUUUGUACUGGAAGAUCCAUUAAGCAAAUAUUUGUUAGCAAUGUAUUGCUUUCAGUCAACGAGAUCUGGGAACGUUUUGAAGUUAUAACUGGUGCAUCAAAAGAGAAUUUUUAUGUAAUUCAAAAUGGCCGAACUAUUGGGAAAAAUGAUAAACUUUUGGAUGGCCGUGCAACUAUUGUUCCCAAAUUAUUUGGAGGAAAAGGUGGCUUUGGCUCCAUGUUACGAGCCAUUGGUGCACAAAUAGAAAAAACUACAAAUCGUGAAGCUUGCAGAGAUUUGAGUGGACGUAGAUUGAGAGAUAUUAACGAAGAGAAAAGGCUCAAAUCUUGGAUCGAAAAGCAAGCUGAACAUAAAAAGGAAGCAGCUGAGCGUAGAAAAAAGAAGUUGGAAAGACUUUGUGCGGAACCGAAAUAUGAGUUCAAAGAUCAAAAUUAUGAAAAGAGAAGAUCAACCGUGUCUGAAAUGAUUGAGGAGGCAGUAGAAGAAGGAUUCAAAUGCGUUGCUGCUGAUUCUUCAACUAUGAAAAGGAAGCGCGAAGAAGAAGAAGUUAAGAGUAAUAAGAAGAAAAACAUCUUUUAUUUAGAUAUUGAUUCAGAUGAACUUGAUACUACUACAGAUGAUGAUAGUGAUGUGGAAGAUUGUACACCAUCGACAUCUACAUCUGAUCAACAAAUAUCUAGUAAUAGACUUUCUAUCGAAGAGACCGAUAAUGACAAUGACAAAUUAAAACAAACGAAAGUUUCAGAUUCAAUUGCUUCUGAAACUGUUAAUGCACAGAUUGAUAAUUCAGUAGAAAAUUCUAAAGAUAAAAUUAAAGAUACUGAAAACGUAAAUGGACAUACUGAUAUUUCGAAUCAUUUGAAUUGGUCACUCCUAGAUCAUGACAAAUGUGGCAAUUCCAAUGCAGAUCGUAUAAUAGGUGGUAAAAACGCAAGUAUGGGUGCAUAUCCGUGGAUUGCGAGAAUAGGAUAUUCUAUAUCUAAAUCUAAUCUGGUUAAUAUUAAACAAUUAGUUUAUAAAUGCGGUGGUUCCUUGAUUAACAAAUAUCACGUCUUAACAGCAGCGCAUUGCGUGACAAAUUUACCGAAUUGGCUGACUAUUGUUAGCAUUCGAUUAGGGGAACACAAUACAUUGACGGAUCCAGAUUGCGAAGAAGAAUUUUGUGCUGAACCAGUUCAAGAUUUUCAAAUAGCAUUUAUCAAUGUUCAUGAAGAUUAUGAUCGUCCGAGAUUUAGAAAUGACAUAGCAAUCAUACGUUUAGAUAAACCUGCUGUUUACAAUGAGUUUGUAAUACCGAUUUGCAUGCCACACGGUAAUUUGCUUGAGAAAAAUUAUAUCGGUGAAAUGGCGAUAGUUGCUGGUUGGGGAAUAAACGAUAUUGAGACAUUGAGAAGCAGUAAAUUGCUUCAAACGGUUAUGAUGCCGAUCCAAGAUACUGAGAAAUGUAUAGAAAGUUAUAAAAACCGUGCUAAAAUAAGUGAUCAACAAAUAUGCGUUGGGGGUAUUAUUGGUGAAGAUUCCUGCAACGGGGAUAGCGGUGGACCUUUGAUGAAAGUUGAAACUGUUGACGAAUUACCAAAAUAUUAUCUCAUUGGAAUAGUUUCAUUUGGGGUAAAAGAAUGUGGUAAUACAACAAGUCCAGGUGUUUACACUAGAGUAUCACGUUACAUUAACUGGAUACUUAACAAUAUUAAAUUGUUUAAUAAAGAUCCGAUAUUAAGGAUGUAUUUAUUUGUCACUGUGAUUACUAUACUUUACUUAUCAACGUAUAAUAUCGGAGAUGCACAAUCAUUCGAUUGUACUACACCAAAUGGAGUUGCUGGAAGUUGUAUUAACAUACGUCAGUGUAUACCGUUAAUAAAAUUGUUGCAAAACAGGCCUCUUCUCCCAGAAAGUGAGAAUUAUUUAAGACAAUCUCAAUGCGGUUUUGAAGGCCAAAAUCCACGAGUAUGUUGUCCCGCCGGAUCAAAUCAAAUUGAUUUACCAUCUUCUCGAGAUAACAUACCAUCUACAGAUAACCCAUUGGAAACUGGAAACAAGGCAGAAUUAAUCGACAAUUUACUCAAUAAUCCUUUGUUACCAAGCGAAUGCGGUAAAGAUUUGAUAUUUCGAAUUAUUGGAGGAACGCCUACUGCCCUUGAAGAAUUUCCAUGGAUGGCUUUGUUGGAAUAUCAACAUCCAAGAGGACACACCACUGCGUGCGGAGGAGUUCUCAUUAGUAAACGUUACGUGCUAACUGCAGCACAUUGUUUAAAGGGAAAAGAUUUACCUUCAACGUGGUCGUUAAGAAACGUACGAUUAGGCGAAUACGAUACUAGUUCUGAACAAGAUUGCAUUACAUCCAACGACGUAGUUAUAUGCUCCGAUGACCCGAUUACGGUUGGAAUUGAAGAACAAAUUGUACAUGAACAAUACAAUCCAAGAUCGAGAGAUCAGAAAUAUGACAUUGCAAUGUUGAGAUUGUCAAGAGACAUUAAUUCGACUAAUUAUAUUAAGCCUAUUUGUUUGCCACGAUCGGAAUCGUUGGACGGUCAAUUGUUCGUAGCUGGUUGGGGUACAACCGAGUUCAAUUCAUCGUCAAACAUUAAACUUAAAUUAUCGUUGCCAUUGGCCGAAAAGGAUAAUUGCGCUAGGACAUAUAAUCAAGUUAAUAUUAAACUUGGUUAUGGACAAAUCUGUGCAGGUGGUACUAAAGGUAAAGAUUCGUGCAGAGGAGAUUCUGGUGGACCACUCGUAACCCGUAUACCUACACUUGGUGGUGCUGAAUUAUGGACAACUGUAGGAGUCGUAUCCUUUGGUCCAACACCUUGCGGUUUGCAAGGUUGGCCUGGCGUUUAUACCAAAGUUUAUGAUUAUGUUCCAUGGAUAGUCGGUAACUUAAAACCAUAAGAUAACCAUGGUCAACAUUUGUUUUGCCAUGUUGUGACUUCGUAUCAUUUAUAAUUUUUUUUUUUCGUCUUACCUUUUUCCUCCUUGAUAAAUGACGUACUUAAGUUAAAUUGAUGAAUAAUUCGAAAUAACUAAUGUUAAGUAUGAGAAGUUAUUUUUUUACAAGAAAUUAUUUAAUAAAUAUUUGAAGAAAAUUAUAGAAGAAAAAAUAACUGCCAGAAUAUAAUAGAUCAACAGAGGCAACUAUUAGUAUAUUACAUACCUAGGGCGGUAAAGUAAGAAAUGUUUCAGAGCACAUGUAAUGUCCGAGGCGAAGCCGAGGUCAAUAAACAUGUGCUCUGAGGUUUUCUUAUUUAUUGCCCAUGGUGUGUAUACUUUUUUUCUGUUCGACGUAGGCGGAAAGCGGCAACUUCGUUUUGCACAGCGGGCGGAAAGUUGACACUUUCCGCACGGAGUGGUGACAAAUUAAUUAUAUAAGAACUUAUGCUUAAAACUGUAGCAUUUACUGUAAUCUUAUUAUAUAUAUAUUUUAUUAUUA